AUGGCGGAACACAUUAGAGGACCUCCUGAGUGGUACAAGUCCUACCCCAUUGCCCAAGGAAAUCAUCAGUCUCCAAUUGAUAUAAUCCCCACACAAGCCAUUUAUGACCCCUGCCUGAAGCCCCUUAGCAUUUCGUAUGAAUCGUGCUCAUCUAUCGACAUCUCCAACAAUGGGCAUUCAGUCAUGGUAGACUUUAAGGAUGUUGAUGACAAAACGGCGGUCAGUGGAGGGCCACUGGAAGAUCCUUACAGGCUGAAACAAUUCCAUUUUCAUUGGGGGGCAAGCCAAGACUCCGGAUCAGAGCACACCAUCGAUGGCAACCCUUUUCCUUGCGAGCUCCAUUUAGUUCACUGGAAUGCUAAGAAAUAUGUGACCUUUGAAGAGGCAGCAACGGCUCCAGAUGGCUUAGCAGUGAUUGGUGUUUUCUUAGAGAUUGGAGAAGAACAUGCCAGUAUGAACAGAUUGACAGAUGCCUUGUACAUGGUCAAGUUUAAGGGAACCAAAGCCCAGUUCAAGUCUUUUGACCCAAGCAGCCUCCUGCCCUCUUGUCUCGAUUACUGGACAUAUUCUGGAUCCUUGACAACACCUCCUCUUAAUGAGAGUGUGACCUGGAUAGUGCUAAAGGAGACCAUCAGAAUAUCCGAUAAACAGAUGGAGAAAUUCCGUACCCUCCUCUUCACCACAGAAGAAGAUGAAAGAAUCCAGAUGGUGAAUAACUUCCGUCCCGCUCAGCCACUUAAGGGAAGAGUGGUUCGUGCUUCAUUCAAGGCUUAAGGAGGUGUGCGUGCAUGUAGGAGAAAUAACAACUGAACAUCAACACAUCCAAAGGGCUUAAAUAUCGGCAAACGGAAGAAAAUGGAUAAUAGACCUGCAGCUUAGAAAACCAUCUCAGUGGAACCCUUGAACAUCCAAAGUAUUGGAUCUUAGCAUGGAUUAAAUGAAAAUAUAUGGUAAUGUACCGUGCCCGUGCUAAUCUGGGCUCCCUUCCUAAGUACUGAAAAUUACUUUCUGUUAUUAUUUUUCAAAAUAAUACCUGGGACAGUCCUUAUUUUGCAGUUAGGUCUCUUGGAGCAAACUCCUCAAUCUGUCAUUAUCUUCCAAUGAGAAAAAUGGUGGGGGUGUUGUGUAAGGUGUCCUGGGAACCUUUCCCCCCGAAGGGUGGGAUAUAAACCCUUAAAUAAAUACAGUGGUACCUCGGGUUAAGUACUUAAUUCGUUCUAGAGGUCUGUUCUUAACCUGAAACUGUUCUUAACCUGAAGCACCACUUUAGCUAAUGGGGCCUUCUGCUGCCGCCGCACCGCUGGAGCCCGAUUUCUGUUCUUAUCCUGAAGCAAAGUUCUUAACCUGAAGCACUAUUUCUGCGUUAGCAGAGUCUGUAACCUGAAGCGUAUGUAACCCGAGCUACAACUGUAAUUAGGCUUUGGAAGACGGGGGUGGGCAUGGUCCUUAUUGUAAGAAUCAUCUUAUUGCAUCUGUUUGAUGGACACAACUACAAAAUAAGUUUCUAGCCUUCAAAGUAGCAGAGAACAGUGUAUUGAGGGCACAGCUGAGGGCUCAGAAAGCAAAAGGUGCCUUUGGCACUCACAGAAUGGGGUUCUGCUCCCUAUAAAGCUACUUAAAGCAGUCCACUUAAACUUUUGCAAACCCUAGAUUCUGGGAGAAGCCAACGAAUUGCAACUGGAAGAAACUGUUCAGAUAAAGCAUAUAAAUCUGGCUGUU